ACAACCACACCAACAACAUCGUCUGUCAACACAGUGAUGACGUCUGCAUCCAACAUGGCUACCUCAAUGACCACCGGACGUGUAACAUCGCCACCAAACUGAUGCUAACGACGACUAAACCACCCUCUGCCUUCUCCCUGGGCUCCAGUACAGACACUACAGUCUCCUCUGUAGUGACAUCCUUUCCACCGUCUUCAACAACCAGAACGUCUCCAGCCACCUUGCCACUGACCACAGCUCAUACCGAAUCAACCCCUUUCUCUUAUAUCUCUCUUCCUUCCACUACACCCUGUCCAGAAACCAUCACCAUCACCAUAGUCCCCAGCUCUCCCCUGACUCCGUGUGUUGACGUCAAUCCCAGUACCGGAGCGACAUCUGCUCCCAUCACCUCAUUCUCCGUCUUUCCCUCCACCACCCACAUGGUUACCUCUUCCGGUUCUACCAGUGAAAGAACAUUUCUCCCUCCACAUUUGGAUACCUCUUCCAUGACACCGGAAACGGGGCCCUCAGACACUGAUGCUCCUAGCUCAACGGACCCUAGAACAAUAGUUAUAGACACAGUCUUCAGCAGCACCUCAACAUCCACCGGGGACAAGUGGUUCAAUGUCACCUAUAUCGUCACCCCAAAUACACCUGGCUCAAUCAGUGUCUCCUCAACCCCGAAACCAAGCAACAGCUUCCCAACUACCACAGCUUCAAGCAAGGUGACCACAAAGAUGCCGGAGACUUCGGUGGCCACCGUGAGGUCUCCUUCCACCCUUACAUCACCACCAUCAACUUCAACCUCUACUCAGAGGACUACAGCAGCGAGCUUGGCCGCGACCCCAGGCAUUUGUGACAAUGGUGGCACCUGGGAGCAGGACCGCUGCAUUUGCCCUCCUGGUUUCUCUGGAGACUACUGUCAAGAUCUGGAUAACAGAUGCCAGAAUGGAGGUUCAUGGGAUGGCCUCAGGUGUGUCUGCCCCAGCACCUUCCAUGGGUCUCUCUGUGAGUUUCCAGUGGAGCAGCUAGACAUAGACACAGUGGAGACCGAAGUGGGCAUGGAGGUAUCUGUGGAGCAGGAAUUCUCUCCGGACCUCGAAGACAACACUUCCAAGGCCUACAGAGACUUCAGCAGUGCCUUCCAGGGUCAGAUGCGGAAGAUUUACCAGACUAUUCAAGGCUUCCAGGGUGUGGAAAUCCUGACCUUGAGGAGGGGCAGCAUUGUGGUAGAUUACCGGGUCCUGCUGAGGCUGUCCUUCAGCCCUCAGCUGAAGAGCGACUUUGAGAAGGUGAAGACAGCGCUGAAGGAGGAGCUGCAGAGUGCCAGUCAAGAUGGUGACAGCUGUCAGGACAACCAGACACUGUGUUUUAAGUCCGACUCCAUCAAGGUGAACAAUCGCCCUGAGAAAGAGCUGACCCCAGAAGCCAUCUGUCACCGAACUGCCCCCAAGGGCUUUGAGGAACACUUCUUUCCUUUGGUGGAGCUGAGCAGGCUCCGCUGUGUCACCAAUUGCACACCUGGAGUGAAUGGCACCAUCAAUUGCAACCAGGGACAGUGUUUUCUGCAGAAGAGCGGUCCAACCUGUCGGUGAGGUCCCGCCCCACGCCGUAGGCCACGCCCACUCGCCCAAGUGGUCUCCCAGUGCCACGCCCACCACUU